CCUUUAAACAACUUUUCCCUUUUUCACCUACACAAAAUAUACAUUUCUUAAUUCUCGUGCCCAAAAAAAAGGUCUCACUUACAGUGGGAUGGAGGGAGUAUAAUGGUUGUCUUAAAAUGCAGGCCCCUGGAAAGCAAAAACAGAAAAGGGCCAUUAAUAUAAAUAGUUUGAAAGAAUGAGUGGCGAAAAGCUUUAUGAUGUUGUAUCAAAAGGGGAUGUAACAAAACUUCAACAAGAUCCAUAUCUUGUCGAAAGUGUUUCAUUUUCAUGUUCAAGAAAGCCAUGGUUGAAGAGUUGUUGAACAUCAACCCAUUGCUAGCUCGAAAUUUGGCGGACUCCCAAAAAUCGUCGCCUCUUCACAUAGCAGCAGCACAAGGGAAUGUUGAGAUCGCCAAGAAAUUGGUAUCAGUGGCCCCAGAGAUGCGCUGGUGUCGCAACGGACAAGGCCUGAACCCGGUUCACAUUGCAGCCAUGAACGGGCAUGUUGAGAUCUUGGAGGAGCUGCUUCGACUGGAUCUGUUUCCUGCUAUGGAGAGGGUGCAUCGUGGGCAGACCGUGUUGCAUCUGUGUGUGAAACAUCGUCAGCUUAGGGCAUUGAAGGUUUUAGUGGAGAAGUUGUGCGAUCUUGUGUGUGCAAAGGAUGAUGAUGGGGAGACACUCUUGCAUUGGGCUGCCAGGAGCGACCAACAUGAGGUGAUAAAGUACUUGGCGAAGGAGACGAAAAUAGAUAAAGCAUUAGAGAAUUCGAUGGGCAAAACAGCACUAGUCAUUUUCGAAGAGAACCCUCAUCACAGAAGUUAUCCAAAAUACACCAAGUAUAUCCUCUCACCAUCAUACUACAGCCAAUCAGCAGCAUUGCUUCAACUCAUCUCCAAGAAGAGAGACCAGACAAUGGUGGUGAUGGUCCUCAUCGCCACCAUGGCGUUCCAGGCCGCCAUCAGCCCCCCAGGCGGCGUGUGGCAGGACAACACGCCGCCGCACAGAGCUGGCGAAGCCAUCAUGGCAUCCACUCAUCCCAAGAUGUACAAGCACUUGGUGCGCGCUAACACCACGGCCUUCGUUUCAUCUCUCAUCACAUUAAUAGUCGUCUUUGUCUUCCAGCGCGAACUCGAGAAGGGUUUUCUGUUGAAUUUCUCUACCUACACAGUGUGGGUAUCGCUCGCAGCUAUUGCAGUCAGCUACGGAGGUUCGGUGUUGGUCACUAUGCCGAAUACGGAAACACAAUCACUUGCCAAAGUCAUCAACCUAGUCGUCGUUCUGUCCAUCAGCUUCGUCGUGAUUAUGGUAGUUCUCGGUUUUCCGAUAAAGCGGUGCUGGGCAUGGCGGCAGCUGCGGCAGGGGAACUUUGAUAUCGGCAUGCCUUCGUUUGUAAUUGGGCCCAGACGCACGUAGAAAUAACUGUUGGGUUUGUGAUUAAUUAAUAAGUGAAACAAGAUCAAAUAUAAUUUGGAGGAAAUAUUAUGAACUCUCUU